ACAAUAACUUAUCCCAAGAUUUUAUUGCUCACAUCUUAUAAUAAUAAAUAUUUCAACUUUUUGCUGUUGGGUUUUAUAUUUUGAAGAGAUGAGGAUGAUGGAGAAACUUGAGGUUAUAUUUCUUGUCUGCUUGCCUCUGCAGCAGGCAACUCAAUGAGGACGCUCUUCGCCGUUGUUCUCUCCUCUCCGGUGAUCUGACCUCCGCCGCAACUCUUCUCGACCCCUUUUCUUUCCAAAACACGAAUGCAACCUACUUCCGAUUGGACACAGUUUCCGAUCCUUGUACGGAUAACCAUGAGCCCUUUUUAGGUUUCAAACUCUCUUGAUUUGUGGCUUUUGUUGUAGCUCAGGCUUUAUUUCGAAAAAAUGAGUGGAAAUGGUGGAUUUAGCAGCUUGGAGAGGGAGUGCAUUAGAAGGCAUCAUAGGCACGAGCCUGCUGAGAAUCAGUGCAGCUCCGUGCUAAUCAAGCACAUCAAGGCUCCUGUUCCUCUUGUUUGGUCUUUGGUGAGAAGAUUUGAUCAACCCCAAAAGUACAAGCCAUUUAUAAGCAGGUGUGUAGUGCAGGGGAAUCUUGAGAUUGGAAGUCUUAGAGAAGUUGACGUCAAGUCUGGGCUCCCGGCCACCACAAGCACCGAAAGGUUGGAACUUCUUGAUGAUGAUAAACAUAUCCUUAGCAUACGGAUAGUUGGUGGUGAUCACAGGCUUAGGAACUACUCUUCAAUUAUCUCCCUCCAUUCAGAGAUCAUAGAAGGAAGGCCAGGGACUCUCGUCGUUGAGUCAUUUGUGGUGGACACUCCUGAAGGAAACACAAAGGAUGAGACUUGCUUCGUUGUAGAGACGUUGAUCAAAUGCAAUCUCAAAUCUCUAGCUGAUGUCUCAGAAGGGCUUGCUAUUCAGGAUUGGACUGAGCCUAUAGUUUAAGAGAAAUAUUUAAAGAUUGUUGUGGAUGGAUAAUGGUGGGGGCAAGAUUUGCUGUGAUAUUACACACCAAGACAUAUGGAUCUUCACUGUUAUGGAGCCAGACUGGCAGUAAUACUGCUCUCUCAAUACAUAUUUCACACUUACUCCCUUUGCUGGUUAAUUGUCUUUAAAUUAUAGGCUGCUGUCUUCCGUGGUUGAAGUACCCCUGUCUUUACAAAGGAAUUCAACACCCAUUCAUGAAUAAGAAGUAUACAAGUUAUUCUUCUCCGGUUUCCAGGAUUUUGGCCUAGGUAGUGUAGGAUUUGUGGUUGUACACACAACGAGACAUUAUGAAUUUACUGGUUAAUUAUUUUUGGUUACUAGUUUCGGAUACAACUGGGAUGAAACAUAUCCCGAUUUAAGUAUUGUCUGUCUGUUGCUGGAUAUUUUACUUAUCACGUAAUGUUGGUUGCAGUAUAUCACCAUGUUUGUAGCUAAUUUGGAAACCAGGGCCACACAAAAGUAAAAAAUACUUCAACA